AAGAGAAGUUAUGAAACCAUUACAUGGACAGCAGCUGAAGUAAACAGUGUUGCGUGAGAGGGUGUUAGUUUUAAUCUAACUCAGUUUAUACUAAAUAACAGAUAGUUUAUAGACCUGCUGUUUGUGUUCAGCGGCUUAAUAGCAGAUUAACUUCACUUUAUUCGGAGGAAAAUCAGUGAACAAGCUGAAAAACAUGGAGAAGAACAUCGGGCGGAUUUUGGUUCUCGUUCUGUCUGUGCUGGUUUACAUCCCCACCUUAAUCAUCAACGCUUUGGCUGGAUCAGGAAAAGGACCGUUUCUGCACAGCACAGGAAACGUGUCGGCUCUGUACGAGACGGAAAUCACUCCUGCUGGUUGGACUUUCUCCAUAUGGGGGAUUAUCUACACCUGGCUUCUGGCGAUGAACGUGUAUUUUCUGAGCUACAUCUGUACACGGACUGCCACCGGAUGGAUGUACUGUAGUCCUGCUGUUCUUCCUUACGGCUUUUUCCUCUCCUGGAUGAUGAACAUGCUCCUGAACAUCACCUGGCUCCUGCUCUGGGAUCGAGAGUUGAUGGUUCCAGCACUGAUAUGUUUAGCUCUGAUUGCAUUCACCAAUUACCUCCUGAUCUUCUUCUCCUGUGUCGGUCUGAGAGCUCACGGAGCCUGGAUCAAACAGAAUCAUCCCAUACAUCUGUGCUGCAUCUAUGUGCUGGUUCAGAAUAGUAUUGCUACUUACGCAACAUGGACGACCAUAGCUACGCUCCUCAACCUGACCAUCGUGUUGGAUAUCACCUCCAUGUCAGCCACGAAUGCGGCCACUGUUUCUCUGUGCAUUCUGCUUGUAGAAGUGAUUGUAUGGUUUGCUGUUGAGAACUUUGUGAUCGAGAAGCAUGUGCGCUACAUUCUCACCAUCUACCCCGUCAUCAUCUUCGCUCUCAGUGGAAGCCUGAGCAAAAACUAUCAUGGAGCAGAUCCAGGCAGAAACGCCGUGUUUUCAGUUGUUCUCUUGGUGCUGGCCUGCCUUUUCUUCGUGAUCCGACUUUUUCUGGUGAUUUGGAGGCACCGUACUCGUCCUCUCUUCCAAGAUGAGAAUCCUGACGAGCUGAUGCCUUCUGCCCACGCCACAGAAAAAUAGCAGCGUGGCUUUAAAGCUAGCAGAUGAAACACCAAAGCCUUUGAAUCGAUUCUAUUCCACUGUAACAAAACACAGCCUUUAACACUAAUAUUUGAUACACUGUUAUGUACGUGUCAUUCCUUAUUCAUGUGUAGUAACCAUGUUUAAACCUGAAUCUGCUUUAAUACACAGCCAGAACAUAUAUUAAUAAAGUACCAUGAGAAAAUA